AUGAGUGCCCACCUGGCAAUGCCCCCCUACCAGCCUUACCCAGCCGGGGUAGGAACUGGAAUAAGGUAUGGAGACUACUAUUGGAACUGCCCAGGGGAGAUGGACAAUGUCCCCCACAAAGAGGCAGCAGAUACUGAUGUCCCGGUCCCAGAGCCAGAGGAGAAGACCCUCCAUAACCCAGAGCUCUCUCCAGCUUCCUCCAGCUCGGGAACACGCAUGCGGUACACCCCGGACUCAGCCACCAGCCCCAACACGGAGCCCCCAUCCCCACACCCUGCGAUCCGGGUGGGUGGGGUGGAAAGCGGGGGAGGGGUGAAGAAGGCCAAGAGCCGCACGGCCUUCUCCCAGGAGCAGCUGCAAACCCUGCACCAGCGAUUCCAGAGCCAGAAAUACCUCAGCCCCCAGCAGAUCCGGGAGCUGGGCUCAGCCCUGGGGCUCACUUACAAGCAGGUAAAAACAUGGUUUCAAAACCAACGGAUGAAGUUUAAACGAUGCCAGAAGGAAACUCAGUGGAUGGAAAAAGGGACAUGCCUAUCCCAAGCAGGUUACCUGGAUUUGAACCCCAGUUAUCACCAGGGUUGUCCAGUUAGUGCCAGCAGGAACAUCCAGACUGUGACCAAUGUGCAUCAGAGCUAUGGUAGCAGCCAGACCUAUGGGAGUAGCCAGAGCCUGUAUCCCUUCGUGGCUAUCGAGGAGGAGGGGUUCUUUGGGAAGGCCGGGGGAGCCUGCAGCGCCCAGCAGGCAAUGGGCUUCUUCAGCCAGCAAAAGAUGAACUUUUAUCAUGGCUUCCCGGCGAACAUGGAUUAUGCCAGCGUGGAGACAGAAGAUGGCUACCACUUCCAGAAUGCCUCUGUCAAUGCGACGUCCUUCCCGGGCACGGCUGGGUGCCAGCAGUACCAGCCAGCAUGGCACCCUCAAGGGACGCAAAGCAACUAUAACUCUUAG